AUGCUGGACUUCUACGGAAUUAGUUUGGACGCGCCGCUCAAAGACCUGGCUGCUAACGACUGGGAAAUUAUUCUCCACGGGUCAUUGGAAGCAAUUGAUUACGACUUAGUUUCACGGAGCGGCAUUAGACACCAGAAGCACGGUUACAUUGAAGGCUUGAUCCCCAAAAUUGAGCGCCGCUACUUAAACACCAGUUCCGAGCAAAUUCGCAGUUGGUACAAAAACACUUUCAUGUCCGACCGCGAGUGCGACGUUUGCUACGGAGCCAGACUUAACACUUUUGGUUUGGCGGUUCAAAUCGGCUCGCUAAACAUUCACCAACUGACCACUUUGCCGAUCGAAAAAGCGCUGGAGUUCAUUUUGCAACUUGAACUAACGUCUUACGAAGAAAAAGUUGCCCGUCUAGUUCUCAACGAAAUUACCCACCGCUUAGAGUUUUUGAUUAACGUGGGUCUAGAGUACUUGUCUUUGGACCGCAAAGCCGAAACGCUCUCGGGUGGCGAAUCCCAACGGAUCCGUCUCGCGACUCAGAUCGGUUCUAAUUUAACCGGUGUGCUCUACGUUUUAGACGAGCCUUCGAUCGGUCUCCACCAGAAAGACAACCGUCGUCUGAUCACCGCGCUCAAGAAAAUGGUGGACAUCGGUAACACUUUGAUCGUCGUUGAGCACGACGAGGAAACGAUUCGCUCGGCCGAUUACAUUGUUGACAUCGGUCCUCAAGCCGGCGACGAAGGCGGUCGGAUCGUCGCUCACGGCGACUUAGAGCAAGUUAAAACCGCUUCCGAGUCGGUAACCGGAGCGUUUUUGACCGGCAAACUGCGCAUCGAAACGCCGACCUACCGUCGCUCGGGCAACGGUCAAGUUUUAGAAAUUAAAGAUGCCCGUGAAAACAAUCUUAAGCGCAUUAACGUUAAAUUUCCGCUCGGCAAAUUAAUCGGAGUCAGCGGCGUUUCGGGAUCGGGAAAAUCGACUUUGGUGAACGAAAUUUUAGCCAAAGCGCUCAUUCAGCGGCUAACCAACCCUUUUGUAGCGCCUGGUCAGUUUGGCAAACUGAAGGGGAUCGAAUUUGUUGAUAAAGUUGUGCCAAUUUCCCAGUCGCCGAUCGGUCGGACACCGCGCUCUAACCCUGCCACUUACACGAGCGUUUUCGACGACAUUCGCGAUGUUUUUGCCCAGACCCAAGUCGCUAAAGCGCGCGGUUACCAAAAGGGACGUUUUUCUUUUAACGUUGAAGGUGGUCGUUGUGAGAAAUGCCAGGGCGAUGGUUUGCUCCGAAUCGAAAUGCACUUCUUGCCCGAUGUUUACGUUUUGUGCGACAUUUGCGACGGCAAGCGCUACAACCACGAAACUUUGGAAGCUAAGUACAAAAAUAAAUCCAUCGCGGAUGUGUUAGCGAUGCGAGUGUACGAAGCUUGGGAAUUUUUUACUAAUCGUCCCAAGAUCAAACACAAACUCCAAACGAUCAUUGACGUCGGACUGGGCUACAUUAAACUCGGUCAAAGCGCAACAACUUUGUCAGGUGGCGAAGCUCAGCGGGUCAAGUUAGCGACUUUUUUGCAGAAAAAACCGACCGGUAAAACGAUUUACAUUCUCGACGAGCCAACGACGGGACUCCACCAGUGAGACGUUAAAAAGUUAAUCAAAGUUUUGGGUCGCAUUGUUGACGGCGGCGACACGGUUUUAGUGAUUGAACACAACCUCGAUGUGAUUAAAUCGUGCGACUAUAUAAUUGAUCUAGGACCCGAUGGCGGCGACAAGGGCGGCUUAGUGGUGGCCAAAGGCACCCCCGAGCAAGUGGCCACCAGCGAGCAAUCGCACACUGCUAAGUACUUGCGGGAGAUUUUGCAUGAGGCGACUUACUUUGCUCCCAGUCAGCGAGUGCACGGAUCGCUGGUCAUCGUCAACGGAGUCGGGGUUUUAAUCACCGGUAAAUCGGGGAUCGGUAAGUCCGAAGCGGUGCUGGAACUAAUUCAAAAUGGCCACUUGUUUAUUUCCGAUGACACGGUAAUUGUCAAACGAAUCGGUCGCCAAAUUAUCGGUGAAUCGGCCCCGAUUACGAGCGGCAUUCUUGAAGCUCGUGGGAUCGGGUUAGUUGACAUUGGUCAUGUUUACGGCUUCAAAGUUGUCAAGGAAUCGACGACCGUUGACUUCGUGGUAGAAUUAGUCGUGCCGGACAGCCUCCUCAAAUUUGACCGUCUAGGCACCCAAAACUUGCGUUACGAAGUUUUGGAAACGACUCUUCCGAAAGUUAAAAUCCCCAUUUACCAGGGUCGCUCUUCGGCGACAUUGAUUGAGGCGGCUGCCAACGUUUACCUGGCUAAAAAAGACGGCAUUAACCCGCUUGAAACGAUUACUAAACGUCAAAAAGGGGAGCAAUAA